UGCGGACUCCUAUAAAUUGGCUUGUUGAUCGACAAACCCGUCAGUGUUAGAUGUUUUCUAAGCGUUGUGUUCUCAACUUGUCUGGAACGCUCUUCACGUGUUUACCAGAAACGACAUAUUGCACACGGAACGGAACUCCUUCCUUGGCCAAGAAAAACCGUCGACACGAAUUACCCAGGACCGUAAUAAUGCCGAAUGACGACCAGCGCCGAUAUGGGUUCUACACGUGCCCACGCUGCCACCGUGGAUGGGAGAGCUCCUACGCUUGGUGUUUCAAAGGAACCAAUAACCCGUCGUCCGGUCAACAGUGUCAGACUUGCAAAAUCAUGGUCAAACCACACAAGGUAGAGAGACUGAAGUGUUCCAUAUGCGGAAUGAGCGGCAGCCUGUGUGAUUGUGACCGGGGCGAGCGUCAUGUUGAUAUUAACAAGCCCCAUCGCAGUGACCUGUGCGAACGGUGCAAGAGAGGACAGCGCUGCAACUUCACGGCUCGUGGAUAUUAAAAUCCUAUAAGGAACAUUACAGAAUUGGUGGUUAAUAACAAAUCAGUUGCUGGGAGUGAUAAGUACUUAGUGACAAACCUGUAGAAGUGCUGCUCAGACCUAAACCUCUAACAAGUUGUUUUAAUUUUUGUAUUCCUAUUAUUGGCACCAAUUAAUUAAAACAACUUAAUUACAAAAAAUAGCCUAGAAUCAACGCGUUAAACAGCUGGAAUGGGCAAUUGUAGAAGUCACGAGGUGUAAAAAUUGAGAAAUUAAAAUGUCACCGAACUUGGCAAGGUUUAUCACUUCUCUAAAUUCUCAAGGACGACUCGCUGAACGAAUCCUACCCGUCUUGUCUUCUUUGUAAAUAUUUGUUUAAAAAAUAGAAAAAAAAUGAGGUGUUUAUUAUAUUAUUGGCCCAACUUCAUUGAUCUGCUUAUCGCGAGUGAACAUUAUUUGUUGACAGAAAAGAAAAGGGGAAAAAUUAAGGGCAUACAAGAGGCUGUGAUAGCAUUUUUCACUGGUGAAUAUGUAAGCACUUACGGUUGUGUUUUCUGUUUGUGCGCACUUCAAAGUUACGUUAACUGUAAGCAGGACUGAGGAACUUAGCGUACUUCCGCGAUAAGCAGAGUCAUGAUAUGAUAGUUUAUGCUUCAUUGUGUGGUGGCAAACGGCUACAAGAUCUACAUCAGUUGCCUUCGAAUUUGCAAGAGAAUAAUUUUAAAAGACAUGGUAAAAAUUAACUGUUGUGUGUAUUGGCUUCAUGUGGUCAUUAAUAUAUUUUUUGUAAAAAGGUGCAUGCAAUUAAUGGCUUUAGUUUGAUUAUAAUUACAACAAGAAGUUCCACCAAUAGUGUGACACAGGGAGCUUAACUUUUCAAAGGUGGUGGUCAACAUGUUCUACUUUUCAUGUGUCUGCAUUCGUAUAAGGAUAGAGACAGCAUCAAAUAAUGGUAACAACAACACAACUGCUUAACCCCUCCGGAAACGAAUUUUCAGAAUGUAAAGGUUGGGUUUAUAUAUAUAAAAAAAUCAAACCACAAAAUAGAAAAUGCAAUAACGUGAAAAAUGUACUGAAAUUGUUACUAAGUUUCCGGCUUUCCAUCUUUGCAAGGAUGGCGUAGUUAUUUCUUCUAUAUUGCCAUAUUGUAAUCACUGUAGAUAUUUUGCAAGCAAUUGCAUGAUUGUAUGUUCAUUCUUCAUGCUGUUUAUACAAAAUGUUAAAAGCAAUGCCACCACGAUGACGCAAUUAAUUGUACACUCAAAUGACAAUUCGAUUCAGCAAAUUGUAGGCCUAUGGACAAUUAAAAUUAUUUUGUGGU